AUAGUCAGCUGCUUCGUGUCGUGGCUAGCAACGUUUUCGACUUCACGUUAUAUAUCGGAUAUCCUUCCCCAAAUUGGCAGCGAUUCGUGAUCGGAAAUGGCUUCAAUUGCGUCAACCGGGUUAACCAAAACCCUAACCUUUUCUUCUCCGCAAGCUCUUCGAAUCCCGAGAUUUUCAUCCCUAAAUCAACGCAGACGGGUCCCUCCGGGAAGAAUCCGACUGAAAACGGUCGUAAAAGCGUCGAGCCCGGGCCCAGGCGCGGCCACCGGCUCGUCUCCCGGGCUGUACUCGUCGAAGCAGUUCGAGCUCACCGCUCAAAACGUGGACCUGGUUCUGGAGGAUGUGAGGCCUUACUUGAUCUCCGAUGGUGGAAACGUCGACGUUUUGUCUGUCGAAGACGGCGUCGUCUCUCUCAAACUCCUAGGAGCAUGUGAGAGCUGCCCUAGCUCAACAACCACCAUGAAAAUGGGGAUCGAAAGGGUUUUGAAAGAAAAAUUCGGGGAUGCAGUCAAGGAAAUCCGGCAAGUGUACGACGAUGUAGUGAAGGAAACAACCGUCGAGGCAGUGAAUCGUCAUCUUGAUAUACUGAGACCGGCUAUCAAGAAUUUCGGUGGGAGCGUUGAAGUAUUAUCCGUUGAUGGCGGGGAAUGCGUUGUGAACUACACAGGUCCCGAAUCGAUUGGAUCGGGAAUCAAAGCCGCCAUUAAAGAGAAGUUCCCAGAUAUCACCAAUGUUUUAUUAACCUCAUGAAGCUUCAUUCUUUAUAUGAGAAGCUGAAAAGUUUUGAUCUUUUCAUGUGCGUUCUUCAGAGCAAUCAGCCUUUUGAGGUAAUUGAUUAAUCUCUUGCUCGUGGUGUUCUUCAUAAGCUUUUUACAUGUCUUUUUCUUUCAUGGUUCAUACAUGUAGUCUUUGUAAAGAUACUCAAGAUUUCAUCUGGAAAUCAAAAUCACUGUUAAUUAAUAA